AUGAGCGAACCCCACCAUCCCGCUACCAACACUAACGAACCCGCCGCCGCCGUCUCCGACCAUCCCAGCGCCGCUGCCAUUGUUGUUGAUCAAGAUUGUGUCAAUAAAUUGGUGAACAACAUUCAUGAACAAAAUGUGCAACGCGGACAAGGAAGUAUUGCCAACAAUUUACCUCACUUGGAAAUGAAUUUUGAUUCUGAGGCGGCGGCUUAUGAUUUUUAUAAUGAGUACAGUAAAAUAAUUGGAUUUGGUAUUCGUCGAGAAUAUGGAAAUAGAAGCAGAGUAGAUGGAUUUUUGACUUCAAGAAGAUUCACAUGCUUCAAAGAGGGUGUACGAGGUGUUGACAUAAGACGUCAACCAAAAGGGGAGCCUAGAGCAGAAAUUAGAACGGGAUGUUUGGCGCGUAUGGUUAUUUCACUCGAUCGGAAGAUAGAGAAAUAUAAAGUUGUUGACUUUAUAGCUGAACAUAACCACGAACUUCAACCUGAGCAUGUUCAUAUGAUUCGCUCUCAUCGACGCAUAUCUGAUACACAAGCAUCACAAAUUGUCUUGGGAGAUGAAUCUGGAUUAAGACCAAAAGAUUUGCAUGAAUAUAUAUCCAAGCAAGCUGGUGGAAUAAAGACAGUUGGUUUUACCAAAAAAGACCUUACGAAUUACCUUGAAACCAAAAGGAAGCAGUCACUAAAGUAUGGUGAAGUGGGUGCAUUGAUGAUGUAUUUCAAAAAAGAAAGUGAAAAUCCCUCGUUCUAUUAUGACUUGCAAAUGGAUGUUGAAGAGAAAAUAACAAAUAUAUUUUGGGCGGAUGCACAAAUGAUAAAUGAUUAUGGGUAUUUUGGUGAUGUUAUCACUUUUGACACCACAUACAAGACAAAUAAGGGUUAUCGGCCGCUGGGAGUAUUUGUUGGACUAAAUAAUCACAGGCAAACAGUCAUUUUUGGGGCAGCAUUGUUAUAUGACGAAACAAUCCCUUCUUUCAAGUGGUUAUUUGAAACAUUUCUCAAGGCAAUAGGUGGUAAAAAGCCAAAAACCAUGAUGACGGAUCAAGAUGCCGCGAUGGCUAAGGCUAUUUCUUUAGUUAUGCCAGAAACAUUUCAUGGAUUGUGCACUUGGCAUAUAAGACAGAACGCUUUACGGCAUGUGAACCACUUGUAUCAAAAGAGUUCACGAUUCGGUUUGGAUUUUGAAGCAUGCAUAGAUCUACAUGAAGAUGAGGGUGAAUUUUUGAAUGCUUGGAAUUCUUUACUUGUUGAGCAUAAUAUAUUGGAAGGGUCGUGGUUGCAUACAAUUUUUCAAUUGAAGGAGAAAUGGGCAUGGACAUAUGUCCGGAAAACAUUCACUGCAGGUAUGAGAUCUACUCAAUUAAGUGAGAGCUUUAAUGUUGAUUUGAAGAACCAUUUGAAGUCUGAUUUAAAUUUGGUACAAUUUUUUACACACUUUAAAAGAGCUGUUAAUGGUAAACGAAACAAAGAGUCAGAAGCUGAAUAUGAGUCAAAAAAUAAGCUUCCUAGAUUGAAAAUGAAGAAGGCUCGUAUGCUCAUACAAGCUGCAAACGUUUACACUCCAAGAAUAUUUGAGGAGUUCCAAGAGGAAUAUGAAGAAUAUCAAGACACUUGCAUAAAAGAUUUGAAAAAAGGUUUGUAUGCUGUCACAAACUAUGAUAAUCCAACGGAGAGGAUAGUUAUGGGAAAUGCUAUGGAACAAAAAGUUUCUUGUGAUUGUCGUAAAUUUGAGACACAUGGCGUCUCAUGCAGUCAUGCUUUGAAAGUUUUAGAUGUCAUGAACAUUAAGUUAAUUCCUGAAACCUAUAUACUUAAGCGAUGGAGAAGAAAUGCAAGGUUGGGAAGUGAUCAAGAUUGGAAAGGGAGGCAUGUUGAAUUAGACAUAAAAGCCCAUUUCAUGAAGCGGUACAAUGAGUUAUGUCCUCGAAUGGUUAAGUUGACCAACAAAGCUUCAGAAACUCAUGAAACAUACACAUUUUUGUCCAAAGUUUAUGAAGAGUCCAGCAAAAUAAUUGAUGAUAUGUUGGCCAAAAAGUAUGUGGAUGGAGAAUCAGGUGGCAUGGUUCAUGUAUCCAUAUCAAUUGCAAAUGAUGAAAUUGACAAUGUGGACACCGUUUGCAUGGCAAAAGGCAUAGCUAAUCGAGAAUGUUCACGCAAGCAGAAAAAGCGAUAUAAAUCUUGGAUUGAGAAAAAAGAUAAAAAGACAAAGAUGUGCUCAAAGAGAAAGAGGUCUGGUGAAAAUUUAGUGCAGUUGUUACCGCAAGAAACUACCGUUCAAGCGACACAAUCAAGUCAAGUUGGCAAUGGAACUCAACAUCAAGCUACAAUCCAAGAGUCAUAA